AUGGACAUACAGACAAACAGAAAUUACAUAACUGUUUCCGUGAUAUUGAGGCCAGGUGUGAUAUGGCAGAGUGGGCACGACUGGAGGCUUACACGGCGGUUCACCAUUCAGACGUUACGUGAUUUCGGCGUAGGGAAGACGUCUCUCGAAGAAAAGAUAUUCAGCGAGAUUGAUCCCGCCACCGAGUAUAUAAAGGCAACAGGCGCCAAGCGCUUUAACCCGCGACAACUAACUUCCAUGAUGAUCACAAAUAACAUUUAUGGGAUUGUCUUUGGAAAAAGGUUUGAUUUCGACGAAGCCGAUUUGCACAGCAUGAUAGAAAAGUUGGACCUUCUGUUCUGUCGGGGCGAACCUGGCUCAGCCGAAGGUGGAUUUCCGGAGUGGCUGCUCAAAGUCGUUAAUAAAAGCUGUUGCUCCAUGGGAGGCGGUGGAAAACAAUUUGAUUGGGUUGUUUUGUCUAUUUAUUUUACAGCCGGGAACAUGAAUCGCAUGAUAAUGGACUUGUUCUUGGCUGGGUCAGAGACGACGUCCAAUACGGUGAACUGGACUUUACUUUACCUCCAGGAGUACCCGGAUUUGCAGACCAAGUGUCGCCAUGAGAUACAACAGGCGUGUGGCGGACGGAACGUUAGCUGGACGGAUAGGGGGACCCUACCAUAUACGGAGGCCUUUCUGCUUGAAGUACAGAGAAUAUCGAAUAUUGCGGAGUUUUCGUUGCCGCAUACGAACCAAGUUCAGGUGACGCUCGGUGGCUACAAUAUCCCGGCUCAUUCCCUAAUACGCGCCAACCUGUACUCCGCGAACAUGGACCGGAAGUACUGGUCAGAUCCGCACAAAUUUAACCCAGACCGGUUCCUCAAGAACGGCAAGACUUUCGGUCAUCCAGCCUUUAUGCCGUUCUCAACAGCGAAAUGUUGGUACCAGUGCUACAGCUAUAGCUCGUCCAUCGUAUCAUACUGAUCGUAAACGCAAACGACUUGCGCGGGUCCUGAAUGAACAACGUGAAAAAUAUGGAGACAUCAUCUAUGCGGAAAUUGAUGGAAUUCCGAAUGUCUUCCUGCAGGGAUAUGACGUCAUCAAUGAAGCGUUUGUGAAGCAGG